ACACACAUAUCUUGGAACCAGGAAAACCCCCAACGUACGAUGCGUCUGGAUGCCACCCUCCAGGGCAGCAGUCUGCAGUCUGCCUGACGGAAUGAAUGAUAUAGACGAGAUGCCUUGGUCAGGGCAGAUUCGCAGGCGACAGGAGAGUUGGGUGCAGCAGCAGCACCAGAUACGGCGGCAGCAGAUUAUGGGAUAUUCUUGGCUUGCAGCUGCAAGUGAGCAAGCAACCGACGGCCAGCCAGAGAGGGCAGAGGGAAGAUGGAUGGCAGAUGGUGGGCAGGAAAAGCAGGGUUUCAGCAUCCCGUCGAGUGCCCAUCCUGUUCAUCAAACUUACGGCGGAAAUCGAUACGAACUGGCGCGCGAAUCUCCGAUAACGGAUGAACUCUGAACUUUGGACUUUGGACAUUUGGUCCCUCCCGACUGAUGUUCAACAACGAGGUCGUACACGGUCCAGAAGCGAGCUCGACAGCAGAGUGAACUCUCUACGCUCUGAGACAUAUCUACAACAGACGCCAGAACAGUCUCUUCUUGGCUUGAUGGAUCAAUCAAGCUCAGGUGUCUGUCUGGUGGAUAAGAUGCUCUCCACGAGUCCCUCUCUCCACUGCUCCAGACGGGACUUGACGAGUUAUCGUGGGCUAAGCUCAGAUACGUACCGCCCCUACGGGCCCCGUGCAUCUACAAGAACUUUACAGACAACUCUGGGAGAUGCCCAAAGAGACGGUCCUCGUUCUUUAUUCUUUUAUAUCACUUCAAUAAUGCAACAUGGCGAGGAACAAGGCGAGCAAGACAACAUAUUGAAGAGGAGGCACACACCAAAGGAAGAACUACGGAAAAGACGAGAAAUGACGAGCAUCGCCAACAAGUACAGGCCAAGUAUCCAUCACCCCCAUCCCCGAAUCCCCAUUGAUUGUCACUGCCUCAGCCAUGGAAAGUUAUGCAGCCCCAUUGGUUCCCACCUUGAUCAUUUUGCCUUUGGCUGGAAAGUCCCGGCAUGGCAUCCUGGGCUCUUCCCUUGGUUGCCCACACUCACCGCCCGCUCCGUCUGCCGUCAUGCCCAGGGAAGUACACUACUUUACCUUUUACUGAAUGUACAGAGGAGAGAGACAUUAUGCCAAGCCCAACGCGUGACUGCCAUGCUGUGCUGUGCUAUGCUGUGCUGAGACGAGACCUGGAGACGAGACCCUUCUCUGAGGCCUGCGGUGGGCGUCUAUGGUCUAUUUCCAUCUCUCUCUCUCUCUCUCUCUCUCUCUCUCUUAAUGGGAAGACCCCCCUGACCCUUUUUGCCCACCUCAUCGUCGGUGGCCUCUUUUUGACUUUCUUGCUUCUU